GUAUUUUCUUAAGGUGCCGCGCAGUGGUGUCAAACCGAUGGCGACGUUCUCCUCAUUUGCUUGUGUUUUGUCUGUUUGCAGGAGUUAGCUUAAAGGGGUAGUUCGGAAUUUUGGACAUAGGGCCUGAUUCCCAAGUGAGCAUUGGUAUUCUAUAUCACUGGAGACAGUUUUCAACACAUUUUAUUCAGUCCUUCUAGUUGCGGAGUUCUCUCGUGCUAGGCUAGCGCAAGUGAACGGGAAAAGCUAGCCUGCUAUUAAAAACAGUCUUACCCACUCCACAGUACACCCGAGGUCAAUCAAUAAUAACACCAGACUAUAGAUUUAAAUGUCUGUGUUGAUAGAAUAAUGUUAGAAAUAAAACUAACCUUGCAUCGAAUGAAUCAUCGAGGGACUACUUUCUCAGCAGCAGCGGAAUUUUACUUUGCGCCAGUUAGUUUUGUAACCGAAUCACGACCGAAGAACGUAAACAGAGAAGCGUGGGACAGAAGCGCAAUUGAACGAGUAGGCAACAUGGUGGUUCAGUGUGCUUUCAGAAAUUGUACAAAUAAACCCAACAGAUGGUCAAGCCAAAGUUUCCACCAAUUUCCAACCCGAGACCCAGAAAGGACAAAACUGUGGCUUGUUGCUGGAGGCUUGGACAUAAAAACACCGGCGGAAACUGCGCGCAAUUGGAAGAUUUGUAGCGAUCAUUUCAGACCGGACGACUUUGAGAAACCAAGCAACCUCAAGAGCAAGGCAUCGCUGAAAUCGAAUGCGGUGCCUUCCGUCUUUUCAGAUGCACCAACAGCCACUGGUGAACAGAAAACACAGGAGAUGUGCACUGCACCAUAGUCCACCCCUAAAAAGGACUCCGCCGGACCAGGAUCAUCCAAGGACGCAACUGAGUGUUCUGGUGCAUUGAAGAUGUUCAUCUCCACUCCAGAACAGGCUUCGCCACGCCCACAGAAACGGCGUUCCUCAUCUGGUUUCUAUUUUGCCUGCCGUCCUCUCCGAAAUUGGAGGUCAAUUGAGGUAAUUUUGUGAUUUAUAUGAUUGUUUCAUUCAUAUUGUGAUCUGUGACAACUGUAUUUUCAUUGCAUUCAUGUUUUUUGUAUAGGUGACCCACAGUGCAGCAUCAGGCCAGCCGAAGGAAAUCCAAAUGCCAUCAGCACUAGUAAGAGAUUGAACUCAAAUAAAUACUGGUAGCUGUUUGACAUUUAUGACUUCAUACACUGAUGACAAUGAUUAUACGCUCUUAUAAAAGGACAAUGCAGUGUAAAAACGUAACAAUUACUUGUCUGAUUCAUGUUCACAGUUUUACCUGGUCUCUCUGCUCUUAGGCUCACCGGCAAUAGACAUCUGUUGUCCACUCCACAAUUGAAACAGUAGAUAUAUUUGCAUAUUCAUUUGAAUUUUGUUGUUUCUAAAUAAGGAAAAAACAGUAGCUGAAGAUGACAACCCACUGGAUCUGAGUAUGAGCUCAAUUGAGGCCUCUCCAAGUCAUCCAGUUGACAGUAGCUUUGUUCCACUAUUCAGCACAUCAAGCUCCUCCAGCUCUGACAUACCUGACAUACUCUCGGCUGCAGGAACCAAGAACUGGUCAGAAAAAAAAUGGAUAGUAAACGAGUCCAAGCUAAUGCAGCUCUUCACAACAUGCCAACAGUGUGGAGUGUUAAUUGAAGAGGCAGACAAGAAAGUGACCACUAGUGGGACCCGCAUACACAUCAAGUGGAGCUGUAUGAAAGGACACUCAGGUGAAUGGGAGUCAUGUUCUCAACUGCGUGGAAUGCCCGAAAACAACCUGCUGGUUGCCUCAUCCAUCCUGUUCACAGGUUCAACUUUCACGGAAAUCUUUGAUUGGGCUGAACUACUGAAUCUCCAAAUUCCAAAGAAGACUACAUUUUACUCCCUGCAAUCCACCUUCCUCAUACCAGUGAUUGAGUAUGCAUACCGUGACCAUCACGAAGAGAUCAUGAGCAAUCUACAACUACAGACAGUUGGUGGAGGGAUUUCAAUCUGCGGUGAUGGUCGUUCUGAUUCACCUGGAUUUAGUGCAAAGUACACUACAUACAGUUUCAUGAGUAAUGAAACACAGGAAAUCAUCAUGGUGGAUUUAGUUCAGGUUACAGAGGCGACCAGUUCACCAGCCAUGGAGACCCUGGGGUUUCGAAGGGGUCUGGACCGUUUGCUUCAGGCAGGAGUUAGAGUGGAUGUCAUCACUACAGACCGCUCUCCUUCUAUCAGGAAGCUUAUGAGAGAGACCUACUCUGACAUCCAGCACCAGUUUGACCCUUGGCAUGUUGCAAAAGGACUGAAGAAAAAGUUGACUGCGGCUGCAAACCACAAAAAAAACAACGAUCUGCAGCCUUGGCUAAAGGCUAUUACUAAUCACCUGUGGUGGUCUUGCCAGUCAUGCGGGGGUGAUGCAGAGGAGUUGAAACGCCGCUGGACGUCCGUUCUCCAUCACAUUUGUGGCAUACAUCGCUGGGAGGAAGACGGACAGGAGAGGACUUGCUACCACCGGGACCUCACUGAAGAGCAGCAGAGAAGGAAGAAAUGGCUGCAAACCGACUCUGCUGCAUUCCAGACACUGUCGGACCACGUACUGAACAAGAACCUGUUGAAAGACCUCAACCACAUGACUCUCUUCCAACAUACAGGAGCCCUGGAGGUGUACCACAGUGCAAUGCUGAAGUACACUGAAAAGAGGCUUCACUUCGCCUACAGCUCUAUGAAGGCACGCACCCUACUCUCUGUGAUGGACAACAACGAGAAUGUUGGCCGUCAACAAGCAACGACCAGUGAUGGGACUCCGAGAUACAAUUUGGUUUUUCCCAAACAAUCUAAAAGAUGGGUUGCCAGGAAGAGGUACGAGCCAACCAGGCAGACAUUCAGGAAGGAUUUGGUGGAGCGGGUCCUGGAAAGGCGCAUGGAUCCUACUGUGAAGUUUGCAGAUCCACAUUUUUAUAUCCAGCAAGCAGCUACUAUACCCGACAACAUAGCCACCACUCCAAGACCGGACAAAGAUCAAAGUAUUGCAGAGCACGUCUCCCGUUUUAAAACGGAAAAUGAAAGUCUAACUGGAGUUUAGUGUGGUGCUAAAUACUGUCUGCAAACAUUAGUAAAAAGAUCAACAGCAAAACAUUUAUUGAACCAUAUACGCGUACAUUGUUGUUAAAAUGUUACCGUAAACAAUAGUAAUGUCAUCUGUAACCAAAUGUAUGUCUUCUUUUUGUGUUUGAUAUAAAGGAUUUG